GGUUUAGAGAAAACGAGGGAAGGAUAGAAAGAAGGAAGAUCGAUCGUCUUCGUUGACUGGACUGCCGAUCAGUUUUUAUGCGACCUAGCCAUGAAGCGGAUCUCGGUCUAUUGCCUCGUACUCGGCUUCCUGACCGCACAGGCGUCGGCCUACAUGGUACACGAGGAGCCGGAAGAGGAGACUGACGAAACAAUCCGUGGUAAACGGCAACAGAACAAUGUCGGAGUAAUUGGCAACGUUUUUAACAAUAUAGCUAUAAAGACUCCCGUGACAAGCAUUGGUACCGAGACCGAACUGAUGACGAACAAAUUUCAAGAAGCAAUAUCGGCUAAUAAAACGGAGGCUGCAAAACUUGAAAUGAAAUAUAAUUUGACUACAUCGUCCAUAAGCGAUAUCAAGCAACGCCAACGAAUUGAGGCUAAGAAGCUUGUUGAAUCCCAACGAGAGCAGCUGCGUAUUUAUGAAGAGCAGUUACGCCGUCGGCAAUUCGAAUUAGUAUUACAACAUAAUAAACGUAUGCAAGAGCAAAUCGUCCAAGAGGAUAAACGUCCGUACAGUCAUAUUUAUCGUGAUCCCUAUGGCUUUAAUGCCCUAACUAAGUGGGUGGUUGGUUCACAUGGGACUUUUAACGGACAUACUGGUCACGGUGACGGCCAUGUUUACCAAUUUUUUAAUCGGGAAAAACCAUUGCACUUCGGAGGACACAGACAGCGCGAUAAUCAAUCACAGCAAUUUCCGACACCGGUAAAAUCGGCAUUACCCCUGAUCAGCACGAGCACUACCACCACCACCGCCAUGACCACCAGCACCAGUAGUCGUACGAGCAUCACAAGUACAAGUACAGCAAGACCUACUCGUUAUUAUGAGGUACACGAGGUGGUCGACGAGGGGAUCAAUACCUUUGCCUGGCCCAACUGGUUCGGUAUCAUCAAUGCCCUCGACAAAGCCACCUAUACUCGGCCCGAUCGAGUGCAAAACAAUAUCGCACCAAAGAAAGUGAAGGUCAAAUUGAAUAAACUGCCGCCUCAGAAUAAAAUCGCUUCGAGAGAUCAGGACGACUAUAAGAGUAAAUACGCGCAGGCGAGAAAAAAUUAUAAUGCCUCGGAGGCGGAGCUGACGGGAAAUGAGAUCGACAGCGAUUUAGAAUCAAGCGAGAAAAGGCUGACUAUGAUCGAGAGAGGUGAACAAAUUCUAUUACCUAACAACUAAGGAUUACGCUAUGACUUGACCCCUUCAGCUUUUUUUACACACAUGAAUGAGACUUGAUGAUUUUUAGAUUGAUGUAAAAUAUAAAGUACUAGCUCUAAUUUCCGAUCGAUCUGAUAUGUUUUAGAAAAAUUUUGUGAAACUUAGAAUGAAAAAAUUUAAAGCAUCGACUUCGAUUAAUACUUUAAUUAUACAUAAGAAAGGAUUGGGUAACAUAUGAUUGUAUAGUAGUGGAGACUUAAGACUACUAACUUCUAUCAACUUCUUUAUUACAAUUAUUUUUAUACAUGCUUUUUUAUAAUAUAUUUUU